AUGCUGUCAUCCAAGGCAAACCUCUCAGAUUUUAUCGUCUUCGACAGUCAGGGACCACCUACCAUCCCAGGCCACUCACCGCAGACGAUACAAACUGCUAUUAGAGACUCUAGGCUUCCACUUGGACACGUACUCCUAACGGCUUGUCAUCAAGCUCUUGUUUGUGAUCUUACUUCGGUCUCUCAGGAAGAACAGACUAGGUUUGGUCUGAAUCUGAAGAAUCUAGGCACACCUCUCGAUCUCCUUCACCUUCACCCCGCACUUCGCGAAAAUGUCGCUAUGGAAAACGUACAUUUACUUCUCAUACAGCUCUUGCGUUUUGUCGCCAACGUGGAAUUUCCGGAGCUUCUUUGUGAAGGCCGAGCCAGCGGCUUUCGUAACGUUCAUGGAUUGUUGGGAUCUUCUACAGGUCUGUUGGCUGCGGUGGUUGUCUCAACAUCUAAAGACAUCCCAGCUUUCAUUGCUACGUCCGUGGAGGCGUUCCGACUCGCAUUUUGGCUUGGCUUCUCUACCCAGUGUUUCAUUCAUUCCUCAGGAAAUGAGGAGCAACUGCUUCAUGUCAAGGCAAAUGUUAUGAAACACAUCUCCGGAAGAAAUAUCCGAUUUCCUACCUUUCAUGACCUUGUUCGACCCAUUCGCUCCUCGAUUAAUGGCAGACCGAUCGAUGACACGAGUGUAGAACCAGGCGUCACUCUGGUUGAGGCAAUCGUUGACAUGGUCUUGCGUCCGGUCAAUCUCGAUAUCGUCGUCGAGACUCUGCGAACUGACUUUGCAUGUCAUCGGCAGGCAAGAUAUACACCAGUUCGUCUGAUCAACGUCGGGCCUGGUACCUUCAUAUGGCAGAGCAUAAUCCGAGUACUUCAGCAAGUUUCAAUCUCGCCGGUGGACUGGACUAGCUCCAUUCAGCACGAUGUGCCCACAGGGAUUGCGCGCGCGCCAUCGUUUUACAAUCAAAAUACCCAAGAGCCCAUUGCGAUUGUUGGUACGGCGAUCAAUUUUCCCGGGGCCAAAGAUAUGGAUGCACUGUGGAGUAUUCUCGAGAACGACGUAAGCUCUGCCUCGCAGAUACCAAAGUAUAAGUUCGACAUCAAACAAUACAUGGAGGUUCCAGAAGGAUCGCAUCGCACCCUGAAGACGACUUUCGGCAACUUCCUUGAAGAUGCGGAUGUGUUCGAUAAUGCGUUUUUCCACAUCUCCCCACGAGAAGCUCGCAGCAUGGAUCCGCAGCAGCGGGUUCUCCUCCAUGUCGCUUACCACGCACUUGAAGACGCAGGUUAUGUGCCGAACGCGACUUCAACAUCUAAUCCCGAUACGUUCGCGACGUACAUAGGCUGUUCCACGAACGAUUACGUGCAGAAUCUGCGAAAAGAUGUCGACAUAUACUACAGCACUGGGACUCUUCAAGCAUUUUUGUGCGGCAAGAUAUCACAUGCAUUUGGUUUUAGUGGUCCAUCCAUAGUGGUUGACACUGCGUGUUCCUCAUCCAUAGUCGCCAUUUACCAGGCUUGCCGUGCACUCUCCAACGGUGACUGUAACGCUGCCCUUGCCGGCGGUGUCAAUGUGAUUUCUAGUCCUGAUAUGUACUUGGGACUAGAGCGAGCGCAUUUUCUCAGUCAAACCGGUCAAUGCAGACCCUGGGACGUCUCCGCGGAUGGAUACUGCCGCGCGGAAGGCUGCGGAAUCUUUGUUCUGAAACGACUUUCAGAUGCCUUGUUCGAGAACGACCGUAUUCAGGGCGUUAUACGUGGUGUGGAGGUCAACCAAUCGGGGAAGUCAGACUCAAUCACGCAUCCACAUGUGGAAACGCAAGCCAGGCUGCUACGAAAUGUGCUCGAAGCUAGCGGCGUUCAUCCUCAUGAGGUUAGCGUAGUAGAGGCUCAUGGGACUGGAACGCAGGCCGGCGAUCCCGCGGAGAUGGAAAGCUUACGAAGCGUGCUCGCGGUUGGUCGAUUGGUGGAAAAUCCGCUCCACGUUACAUCUGUCAAGGCAAAUAUUGGCCAUGCAGAGGCAGCAUCUGGAGCUGCGAGCCUCGCAAAGCUGGUAUUGAUGAUGCAAAAGCACAUGAUCCCUGCUACGAUCUCACUCAAACAACUAAAUCCUAAAAUCCCGGACUUGGCUUCCGACAAUGUUCGCAUAAAUUUGACAUCAACUCCAUGGUCUGCUCCUACCGGAAACCGAAAGCGGAUAGCUCUCUUGAAUAAUUUUGGCGCGGCGGGUUCGAAUGCAGCCCUCGUUCUAGAAGAACCACCUCUCACACGAUCUUCGGCUCUAUGCCGCGCAUCUGAGGCUGUACUUCUCUGCCUAUCAUGCGAGAGUGAAGAGGCGAUAGAGAGGCUGCGCGUGCUGUACCUGACAGAUCUGGAACAACGCGUUCGCACUCAGUCACAGCUGGCUGAUUUCGCUUACACUGCUACAGCUCGCAGACAACUGCAUAAGUAUCGAAUCGCUGCUGUUGGUACAUCCAUUCAGGAGCUGGCUCACAACCUACAGGCGGCCGGCGUGGUACAGAUCGACGAGACACAAGAUAAAGUAAUCUUUGUUUUCUCUGGUCAGGGAGGGCAAUAUCAUGGAAUGGGCGCAGGUCUGUACGCACACAUCCCAUACUUUCGAGGUAUCGUCGAUGGUUGUCACCAGAGGCUAGUUACUUGGGGAUUUUUGGGGAUUUUAUGCGUAAUUUCUCCUGAUGCAUCGAACAUAGAAGAGUCCGACAGUAUUGAGAUUCUUCAGCCUGCUACAUUUGUGCUACAAUGCGCUUUAGCGAAGUUGUGGAUGUCGUGGGGAGUCCUGCCUCACGCAGUUAUGGGUCACAGCCUAGGGGAAUAUGCAGCACUUGUUAUUGCUGAUGUCAUUUCACUUGAUGACGGUCUCAAACUAGUAGCAUACAGAGCAAGACUGAUGAACAGGAAAUGUCAAGCAAACGCCACAGGAAUGCUGUCCAUUCAAAUUGAUGCCGAUGAGCUCGAGCAAAUUUUGUGUGAAGAUGCAUAUAACGGCGUGUCUAUAGCAUGCUACAACGGCACUUCCACAUUCACGGUUGGCGGUGAUACAAUGCAACUCAGAUCAUUGCGUUACCACUGCGAGAAGCUAAGGCAUAGUUGCGUCCAUUUAGAUGUUCCGUUCGCAUACCACACCGCCGCUAUGGAUCCGAUGUUGGCCGACUUGCGCGACAUUGGACGUCACAUUCGCCUUUCAGCACCCAGGAUAUUUGUUUCGUCCGCUGUACAUGGUAUGAUAAUCAAUCCGGGCGAUGUCGCGGUCUUUACACCCGAUUAUUUUGUUCGUCACUGCCGAGACCCAGUUCGCUUCCAGCAGUGCAUUGAGAAUCUUGUUGCUCGUGAAGAGUCUUCUCGUAUCGCAGCGUGGAUCGAAAUUGGACCACAUCCAAUCACCCUACGACUGCUCCCGAACGAAACCGCCGCAAAGCAUACUGUACUACGUAUAGCGUCGUUGCGGAAGCAUAAGCCAGACGAAGAAGUUUUAUGCUCCGCUCUGUCGAAGCUGUACUGUCUCUUUACGCGGAUCUCAUGGCGCGCUGUUUUCGCUGAUUUUGCACCAGACGCACGACUCACAACUUUGCCAUCUUAUCCGUUCGCUCAAUCUCGUUUCUGGAUUUCCUACCAAGAAGAUCCUCAGGUCACAAUUGAUGCUGGGAGUCCUUCCGGAUUAUCUUUCAUUUUACCCGGUCCCUCCUUUCAAAUCUCCAGGGAUGGAUUCUCGCGUGAGUUUGAUAUAAAUGUGGAUCAAAUUGUUCCAUUUAUAUCAGGACACGAAGUCGCGGGCUAUGCUCUCUGUCCUGCAUCUCUUCACUACGAGCUCGCGCUGGCUUCUGCCCACAAUUUCCUUGCGGACACUCAAAAUUUGGACACUCUCAUGUGCCCAGAGCUUCUUGACGUCGUUCAUGAUAACCCGCUUGUCUAUGCGCCCUGGCGACGUCAGUCCAUCCGGGUAGAUAUUCAAUCCAACGCGCAAUCUCAGAGGUCAUCCAUGCAAUUCAAGAUUUACUCGCUGUCCAUAGAUUCUCCGAUCUCUGAGUAUUCCUAUUGUUCUGGGAAGAUUAGGUAUCAACCAAUAGCCCAAAUGGAAUCAGAACUUUCUUCUUUCAAGAGGAUGCUCGAUCGGCGUCGGGGAUCGCUGCAAAUUGGAUGUAACGGCGCUACGACUUUCUACACUCGCGGUUUUUAUAACAAAUUUUCGCGCGUCGUGAGCUAUUCCGAGCUCUACCGGACGAUCAAGGCUAUCACUAUUCGUUCAGACGGAGCCGAUGCGUAUGCCAUAAUGGAGUGUCCGCGCGCCACUCUCGGGCGGUUCGUUAUUCACCCGAUUUUCAUGGACUCCCUGCUGCAUGCGGCUGGAUUUGUGGUAAACCACAAUGCUGCAGAAGAAGAUAUCUUCAUAUGCAAUCAGGUCAAUCGGGUUCGUGCCCUAUGUGACUUUGGGAUACCAUCCGCUAUGUAUGGCGUCUACUGCAGCGUUGGCUUCAUGUCCGAAGCAAUGACCAUCGUCGAUAUCUAUGCGACCAAGCUCGAUGGUGAGGAAGACCAAGUCGUGGCAUACCUGGAGAAAGUCAGAUUCCGCAAGCUUAAGCUGAGUAGUUUCAAACGGCUGCUAUCCGCUUCUCUGCGCGAGAAGCACGUCUCCUCCACGCGUUCUGUCGUCGAUGCUGAGAAGGUUGUUGGGAGAGCGUCUUGCCUCGAAAGUCAGUUUAGGAACAUCAUUGCUGAAGUUUGCGGUGUCCAGUCCGGUCGCAUAACAAGAGAAUCGCUCUUAGGAGAUCUUGGCGUCGACUCUCUCAUGAGCAUCGAGUUGGUUGGACGGCUUCGUACUAUUCUGCCCUCUUCCAGCAUCGAAUCCUCAGUAUUUAUGGCGAAGAUGCAAGUGGGAGAGCUCAUAAAAGCCCUUGAGGAUAGUCUGGCUUCAGGUUCGCAAACGGACAGCCCAAGAUUAGUGUCCUCCAGUACAUCAGAUCAGUCAUUUGGCCGCAUUAACAAAGUUCGGGAGAUCAUAUCGUCAGUUCUGGGCUUCUCUGUGCAAGAUCUGCCCUGUGAUCAAGAGUUGUCUCUCCUCGGGAUGGAUUCCCUGAGUUCCAUCGAGACACGUCAAGCGCUGCAGUUAUAUUUCGGGAUUGAUAUUGCGUAUCACGACUCACUUCCGCGCAUGACAGUAGAGCAAAUCUCGGCCGCACUCGACGGAGCUCCUCCGUACUACGUUCGAGAACUAGAUUCGGGAUCUACCACCCUUUCGGAGCGCAACCCAGCACUGCUCCAAUGUGGCGAUCCCAAUGUUGUGCCAUUAUUUCUAAUUCAUGACGGCAGUGGUUUGGCGCAUCAGUAUGCUAAUCUCUCUCGUCUCGAUCGUCGCGUUUGGGGCAUACACAACCCCAAGCUGCCUACUGGGGAAGAGUGGGAAGGUGGUGUUAUCGAGAUGGCCGCCCAUUAUACGAACCUCAUUUCAGAGGAAGUUCACGCGGCCGGGAAAAUGUCGUGCAUCGUAGGGGGCUGGUCCUUCGGAGGCGUCGUAGCCUUCGAAGUCGCUCGCCACCUUGUGGACAGCGGCAUUCAUGUCAAAGGGAUAGUGCUCAUUGAUUCUCCUCAUCCUCUUUCGCAAGCUCUUAUGUCAGAUUCCUUCAUUGAUGUCGUGGUCGGCUCUACGAGUCGCCUAGCGUCCCUCGUCCGUGCCCAGAUGCGAGCUGCAAGCAAACUUUUUGCCGAAUAUGACCCUUCUGUGUCCCCUGCAAGCCAUGCCGUCCUGCCUACGGCCGUAAUGCUUCGUUGCGAGGAUGGCUGCACCCACGCUAUGAUCCAACGUGAUUCAACAUCGUUUUUCGCUGACAGGACGGAUCGCAUGGAGUCUAUCAGCGGAUGGGAACGGAUUCUAGGGACGGCUGUGCCAGUUCUCGACAUCCCUGGCAACCAUUUCGAGCCGUUUGAGCGCAAAAACGUCGGGGUGGUCUCUGCAAAGCUGAAAGAGGCCCUUGCUAUGUUCGAUCCAUAG